AUGGAAGAGGUAAAUGAGGGAGCAAUGGGGUGCUCUGUGAGAGGUACAGGGGGAGUGAUAAGAAGGUGGUGCUAUAUGAGAGGUACAGGGGGAGCAAUAAGGAGAAGCAAGGUGGUGCCAUGUGAGAGGUACAGAUAGAGACUGUGGCAGAUAAAUAUUGCCAGUGUGGCAGUAUCUGGAGAGUGAAUUAUUUAUUGAAUUAUCAUAUAUACAGACAUUCAGGAAAGGUAUGGGUGUGUGGAAAAAUCAAAUUUUCAUUUUUUAAACUGUAUUUUACAGUUCACAAGACACAUGUUCAAUUGUUAUGUAUCUACAGGUUAUUAUUACAUGCCCACACUCUGUUUAAAAUUAUUUUACUGAUGGACUCAAACAUGUUUGUGAAUACUUAUGUCCUUUCUAGAUACUGCUGAUAUUGUAUAAGCAUUUGCUGAGAUGUUAAUCAAAGCGACUUAUUAAUGAAAAGAAUUGUUUAAAUAGUUAAAUGUGCAAAUGCAAAAAUAAAAUAUUUAUCAAUUCAGAAAAAAGACAAAAAAAGAAAGUCACAAUGACCCGUAGAGGGACUGAAACUUAUGAUAUUUUCUACAAGUGAUAAGGUUUGAAUUCCACCCUUAAAUUGUCAAAUUGCAGAUUUGGUCAUGUAUUUCUGUGCAGUUAGCAAACAAGAAAAGGUAGUUAUGAUGUAAAAAAUAAAUAUAUAUUUAAAAGAUAUAUAAAACAAUAUGAAGUUUUCUGAAAGCAUGAAAAUUAAUAAGAACAUAAAGCAUUUAUUAAGAUAGGUAUUACCAGGAGCAGGCUGGUAUAAAGUUGCAUGGUGGAGGACCUGCAUUGUAUGGGAAGGUUUUCGAAUGAGGAGUGGAAGCAUGGUUUGGGGUGUUAAACAGAGUGAGUAAUGGAAUGGAAUUUCUGUGGAAUGUGGAAGGUAAGGCAUGGAUUUAGAACAAUAAAAUGAAGAAGGAACAUUCAAUUAGAGUGAUAAAUAUGGAAUGUGGAAAUUGAAGUGCUUCUCAAGAACAACUCUCAGAAUUCUCAAAACCCAGCUGGAGAGGAUAUUAUUGUCGGUUAUCAUAAAUUGUGAGAACCUGCCUUUAUAGAAAGAAGACUUCCUCAAUAAGACAGGAAGACAGAAACCACACAACCUAUCUGAAAAGUUCACGUUGUACAGUAUAAGACACUAGUGCCUGAUGAGAGCACAUAGAACAGACUCACUGGUGGGAAUGGUCAUUACAUGGAAUAAGAAGGCUUUAUUUCAUUAGGUUUAUACACAUUUCUUACUGUAAGGAGUCUUUCUCUAAACAUUUUAGGGCAAACAUUACACUACUGAUAGUUAUUUUUAUUUCAGCAAAGUAGAUGUCAAGAUCUUGUUGGAUAAAAUGCGGACACAAUUCUCACUGCAUGCACUAUUGAUCAUCCUACCAUGUAAGUGGUACAGGGAAGGCAACGAUGAGGGGUCCAAUGUGAAUGGCAUAGGGAAGGGCAGUGAUUGGGGGAGAUAAUGUGAGUGAUAAAGAGGGGAGAGUGAUGGGGAGACCAAGUGUGAGGUUCAGGUGGGACUGUGACAAAUAUAGACUUAAGAUGUAAAAAGGUUACAACUUUUAAAAAAUAACAGAUGCAUUUAAAUAUGAAUUUUUACUGUUCUUCCAAGAUAUAAAAGGGAGAAAGACUAAAUCAUUUAAAAAAAAUAAUUAUUUAUAUUCUUUGUUUUUAUCAGGUCUGUGUCUAGGACUGAAAGUUGAACAAGAUUCGAAACUCAAGAUUGUUAAAGUUGGGGAACCAGUGGAACUUCACUGUAUUUAUGAUGACACCAGCAAGCCCGGAAUGCUUUGGUACCAGCAGCGAGACGGAGAAGGACUGAAGCUCAUGAUAUAUUCUGCUACUGAUAAUUCUAAGUCUGAUGCAAUGGAAGAUGGGUUCGAGGUGUGGGAGUGGAAAAGGCCUACUCUUCUAAAUGCCACCUUGAAAUUGUCAAAAUCGCAGACUACAGAUUCGGCUGUAUAUUUCUGCGCAGUCAGUGUACACAGUUGCAAAUCUCUGAGAAACACUGAGCAUAAAACCUGCAGCUUCAUUCAGCACCACUAA